AUGGGUAUCAUUGCAUUUGCUUCCAACCAGGAGAGACAGAACCCGUUUUCCACCCUCAUUAUCCUUGUCAAGAUGCGAGCCAUGAAGACCAUCACCCCCGUUGAAUGUUGUGUAUGGCCAUCAGAAGGAGCGCUGACCUGCGAAUAUGGGAGCCGUCGGUUCCCAGCUGGACCAUACCAUUUGCUCGACUCGGAGCUCUGGUCCAGGUCUUGUCAACGAGACCUGACGGUCACACAGCUGAGGUCAUCACCUUUGUACCUCCAGACCAGCUGGCACUCGUGGCACCCUCCGUCCUCGGCCCCGAACCGAACCAAGGUCGCCCUCCAGGCGUCCACCUCUCCCACAAUUCGAAUCUUGCGCCAUCCGGAAACCUCGGUCGGACUACCUCGACCCCAGUGUCAACCUCAGCAAGAUAUUGUAGCCUGGUCCAUGGCGACGGAGACGUGUGCCCUCGUCCUACCUUGGCAGCAGCAGCAGCAGCAGCAGCAGGCACCAGCCAAACUACAAAAGCUCGAAAACCCCCACGCGAAAACCUUCAUCCAGCAGGUCCAACCUCAGCGAGACAUCAACUGGGGUUAUCUCGUCUUCUUCGAACUCCUUCUCCUCGAGCUCUCGUUUCCACAUGGUCAGCUGCUUCGACCUUUUCUCCCCAAGAGCUACAUCUCCUAG